UUAUCUAACAUCUUAUGCCCCUUUAAAAUGGCAUGCAGCAACCAGUGCAUCGUCGACAACUCCACAGAUUAUGGUGCAGCAAAUUCCUAGAUGACAGUACAAAUUGGAAUGCUGCAAUGUUUACAAACAUAGCAGCGAAAACCUAACCUAUUAUUUGCACGACACCGGCAGUCGUCCAAACGUUGCCGGGUACUCAGAACACUAGCACGACUGUCGUCUUGCCGUUUAUCCGGCAAAUGAAUAUUGUCAUUGGUCAU